AGGUUAUAUUAUUUGUUUAUAAAAACAAAACCUCCCUUAAAAAAAAGAGGAUGUCAUCCGUUUCGGUAUUUUGCUGCUUAAGGGGGUGUCUCGAUGGAUUUAAUUUUAACCAACCCGCCCAGCACAUUCCCAAGUUGAACCCCAUUCAGUUAGACACCUCUUUUAUGGGAUAUGAAGUAGUGAUAGUAAAAGGGGGCCAAAGGGUGUGCGGAUCCGGAGGAGUACUGGGCAACGCACCCUUAGUACAAUCGAAAUCGUAUUUUGAGGUUAAAGUGCAACAAGGAGGGUCUUGGUCAGUGGGGCUGGCUACUAGACAAACUGAUCUUAGUUUAACAGUUGGUGGAAUGGAUGAAUUUUCAUGGGCUCUCUGUAGUGACCAAAUUUUCAGGCAUAAUAAACAGGAGCUCCAUAAAAUUAAUAUGUCAAAUGAAGCACAAGAGUCUAUUCAAAACUUGCUCGAGGGUGAUGUAAUAGGAGUUGCAUUUGACCAUAUACAAUUAAAAUUUUUUGUUAAUGGCAAGGAGAUUGAUUAUUCAAUAUCAAAUGUUAAAGGGACAAUGUAUCCGGCAUUAUAUGUUGAUGAUGGGGCGAUAUUAGAUAUAAUAUUAGACAAUUUCAACCAUUCACCUCCGUCAGGUUUUGAUAAAAUUAUGCUUGAACAAUCAUUGCUUUAGACUUAAUCUUGCUUUAAAUUUCUUGCACUACUGCUCAGUAUACAUUCCGACAAAGAUCUUAAAUUAUUCGCAGUAUUAAAAAAAAUAAAGCUUUUAGCAACUGUCUCUUUUUGUGUUUUAGGAAAAUUAUCUUCUGCUUCUAUUUUUCUAUUAGUUAGGUAUAUGUUACAGAGUAGAUUAUAUUUAUAUAUAAAUUUUAGCAAGUGUAUACUAUAAUGACUUAAAUGAACAAAUUAAUUUAUAUUUAUCUUGUAAGUAGAUAGGUUCAAAUGUAUAUAAAAUGGUCUAAGAAGCAUUUCAAUAAAUAUGACAUAUUUAAUUUGUG